AUGUCAGCGAGGGCAGCAAGCCCUGAUUGUAGCUAUGUCAGCAGCGGAAAAUCCAAUGAAUCAAGGGGAAGUCCUGUUGGAAGUUAUGUAAGUAGCGGUGAGAAGGCAAGCAAUUUGAAUAGUGCGCAACUCAGCGGUGCAAACAGUAAACCACCCAGCAACCGAAAAGGAAGUCCUGUUGGAAGUUAUGUUAGUAGCGGUGAGAAGGCAAGCAAUUUGAAUAGUGCGCAACUCAGCGGUGCAAACAGUAAACCACCCAGCAACCGAAAAGGAAGUCCUGUUGGAAGUUAUGUUAGUAGCGGUGAGAAGGCAAGCAAUUUGAAUAGUGCGCAACUCAGCGGUGCAAACAGUAAACCACCCAGCAACCGAAAAGGAAGUCCUGUUGGAAGUUAUGUAAGUAGCGGCGAGAAGGCAAGCAAUUUGAAUAGUGCGCAACUCAGCGGUGCAAACAGUAAACCACCCAGCAACCGAAAAGGAAGUCCUGUUGGAAGUUAUGUAAGUAGCGGCGAGAAGGCAAGCAAUUUGAAUAGUGCGCAACUCAGCGGUGCAAACAGUAAACCACCCAGCAACCGAAAAGGAAGUCCUGUUGGAAGUUAUGUUAGUAGCGGUGAGAAGGCAAGCAAUUUGAAUAGUGCGCAACUCAGCGGUGCAAACAGUAAACCACCCAGCAACCGAAAAGGAAGUCCUGUUGGAAGUUAUGUAAGUAGCGGCGAGAAGGCAAGCAAUUUGAAUAGUGCGCAACUCAGCGGUGCAAACAGUAAACCACCCAGCAACCGAAAAGGAAGUCCUGUUGGAAGUUAUGUUAGUAGCGGUGAGAAGGCAAGCAAUUUGAAUAGUGCGCAACUCAGCGGUGCAAACAGUAAACCACCCAGCAACCGAAAAGGAAGUCCUGUUGGAAGUUAUGUAAGUAGCGGCGAGAAGGCAAGCAAUUUGAAUAGUGCGCAACUCAGUGACUCUAGCAGGAAGCAUCCUUGUAACAAAAAUGUCGAAUCAACACCUAUAGGAGGGAAUUCUUCGGUCGUGCCAGGCGAGCCACCGAUCGCUGGUGUUUCCAGCAUUAAACGGUGUCCCGUGGAACAAUCCGAUAUAAACAGCCUUUCAGCAUGGAUUGUCCCUAGUUCCCCUCCACAGGGUGCUGCGGACGAGCUGCACAUUCAUAGGGAAUUACUGAACACACCACCGGCACCGGUGAAACUUACCCUAUACGAGAAGGACAACAGUCCCAAUGAUGGGAAUGAUCCAGUUUUUUACCGUCCGUUUUUGAGAAACUCAGCAAAUGGUGGUUCGACUUAUGCUUCCUUCACCAAUACAUCACCAUACCCACUUAGUCACAGGGAUGUUGAGGUUCUUUACGAGUCUCAUAAACGGCAAGUGGAAGUAUGCCGUGAGGCUGCUCGAGCAGAAGAGGAGAUCGCCCGAAGGAAGCGGCAGGAAAUCAAUGCAGAGACUGCGCGCAUUGUUUCCGAGGCCUCACGGCUGAGUUUCUCGAUGGGCACUCAUCGCAAAGUGUACGACGAAGCAAUGGACCGGCUUCGGGAAGUUCGACCAGGGUCGGCCCUACCGAAAGCGUGUAGAAUUAAAACACCGCGCCGGAUUCUUUUUUCUUCACUCGUAGAUUCUUCUGGUUCCUACGGAUAUGGCCCAGCGAGGCGGAUGGAAACAAUAAAGGAUUUUGGCCCCAGUAUUCGGAACAAUUAUAGAGGGAGAACCGGCGGGGCCCAAGUGGCUUUGGCUCUACUGAAAUCGAGGUUCAUGGCUGGCUGGGUUGCCCCAAACGUUGUUGACCGUUUUUCUCCUCACUCACCGGUAGCGCAGACUCUCUCAUCUAAAUACUUUGUGGAGCAGCAAACGAACGUCGACCAUCCGCACCCGCAUAAACGAGAAGUAGUCCCUGAGAAAACCGACUUCGGUAACACAAACAACGUGAAUGGCUCCGAAGAUGCAACUGUGCACGUUGUUUCAACGGCGCCAACCGCUUUUUGUGAUAUGGCAACACCGCACAGCAGCAUUAACGUUGCGAAAGCAUCAGAAAACGUGACAAUGCCGUACUGCAGCUCCAUUUUGCCUGAACCAGUGAGGGAGUUGCCCCAAAGUAAUGAUGUACUUCAAAAUGCUGUGGGUGAGGAGGAUAAAAAUGUAGUUGCCGAACUACCGCCACCAACAAUACCUUUACACCAACAGUCGGUAUCGCAGCAUCAGCAGUUGGAACAUCAACACCAACCGUCGCUGGAGGAUAAUCAAAAACAAGAAGAGUCGUCGCUAACACCAGUUAGGGUUCCACUGCCGCUCCCACCUCCAACACGUCUAUCGUCCGUGGAUGUGAAAAUGAAAUCACCACAAGGGGUGGAGUCACAUAUAUAUUCACAGUCAUCGACAUCACUUCAGGAGGUGGAACUAUCCUUUGAAAACCCACGGCCCCCGGUUGUGGAACCUGAGGCACUAACGGAGGAAGACAAGCAGGUAUUGGAACUAUUAAACAACGUCCGUGACCUGCGUCUGGAAACGGAGAAACUGGUUGUUGAAUUACUCCACUCAACUGACGAAUGGGGAUGUUGGUGUAGUCGGAAAGGGAGUCUUUUUCGUGACUUAUUUGUCCUUCCUGACGCGAGGACCGUUGCUGAGGUGAGUAAACGAGCCAUGCGUACACGAGCGACUCAUGACACAACGGCAGAGGAACAUCCAAUCGAUGUGAGAGACAACUUAAUUGCUGCAAGGCCACUUAGUCAAGAAAAAUUUGCUCCUAGAAUUCCGCCGCCACCUCCUAUUGAUGUUCUGCUAAAGUGUGUGGUCGAUGGGGAGCAGCAACACGUUGCCGAAACAGAAGAGGACGCCUACGGUGAGUGGGAGAACGACCCGGAAGUUGAGUGCGCCUCAUCCCCUAGUGUUCUUCCAGAUCAUUUGGAUGAGGCAAACACGAAUUUAUUGAGAAGUGCAGCAACGCGACAACCCCAUUUACCUGAUUCACAGCACUCACCAUCAUCAUCAUCUGAUACCAGUGGCGGCGGAACUGACAGUAGUGAUUACUCCUGUGCUGAGGAAGAGGCCGAUGGUGAUGAAAAGAGUGAAGAAAACUCGUCGUGGUCGUAUGAUUCAUCGCUUUCCUCAGCCAAAGCCCCGCCGCCACCCCCAUCCCAUGAGGAUGAAGAGAAGCGGCGUACAGAAGAAGUUUUACAAAAAGAAACGAUGACUCAAGAAAUUGAAGGGCCGAGGCCUCCCAACGAGUCUGUACUUCUUUCCGACACUAUGGACCCUUCACCCACUCCCAUUCAUCCUGUAUUUCAUGCCGAAGCCACGGGCAAAAGGACUGGACCAAAACAAAAAAAAGAGGACAAACAUGAAAAGAAGAAGAAAGGAGUGAAGGGAUUCUUUUCACGUUUGAUGUGUUGUGGAGGUGGAAGCACAUCAGUGGCAGAUGGAAAGGGGAGCACCACACAAAAAAAAUAA